GCUGAGCCUGCUGCUCGCGCGGGAACAGAAAGCGGCGAGGCCGGAGGGAGUGGUUUGAGAUCGAAGGCUCCAUCUAAGCCUCCUAUACCAGCAUGUCUGUUAGACAGAUUCUUCCAGCAUCAAUAACCUAAAUGCUGUUAUUCACGUUCAGUUACCAUGUAAUCUAAAUGAUAGAAUGGGCAUAUAUACCUGCACAUAGCAGAAAUUGGUCUUUGAUAUUCAUCCCUUCUCCUCGCUUUCAGCUGUCUUUCCAUGUGCCCAAAAAUUACUUUUGGAUGUUUAUUAUCAUUUUCUUUCUUUCACCUGACUGCUGUUCUUCACUGUUGUUCCUUUCUUCACCAAAAACAUCAGUUUACACAGAUCCAAAUCAGCACAGCCUUCGCACAUCUCCCUGCUGCCUUCCACAAGCACCAACACGAUCACCACAAUGUGGGUCAGCCAGAUCACAUCACACUAGUUCCCGAUCACAAGAGCUACACAGAAAGCAGUUUUUCAACCCCAAUCCAGAAGAAUCCGAGCCUGGCUAUGUAAUCCUCGACCUUGCUACUUUUAAGUAUACAGGUAGGGGAAGACGUGCAUGAAGCAUACCUGAAAAUGAGUACAUGGGACCAAAAUCAGUCCUUUCUUCCUAAAUAUUACCCUCCCAUUCCUUCAUGUGUCACACUGCAUUCUAUUAAAUUCCUCAACCUUCAGGCAUCCCACAGAAGCACAGAGGCUGCAAGUAUCAACCUUUUGAGCAAGAAAUCUGGAUGGCCAAUUCUUAGCUAGUCAGUCAGAACAACAGCAGCAUCUUCUGCAACGUCAUCACCAGUUAUCACUAAAAAAAUGAACUCCUCCACACAAAAGGCUGUUUUUAGCUGCUGUAGAUGACAGAGGGAGUAAACGAUCAGGGAAUGUUUCCAGUCAGGCCAGGGAAGCCACGAGGAGGAGCUGCGGUGUAGCAGAAAUGACAGGAUGUCAUCAACCCAAAGCACGGGCACUGGGGCAGCACUCACACACUGGGAAAGCACACUGUGGUGAGCUUCAUGCCACUUCUGUCAACAAUAACCACUCAGUUCUGCGUGGUUACGCACAGAAAUUGUGUAAGCCUUCAAGAAGCAGACACCACCACCAGGCCGGACGGCAGCCUAGCACAGCCGCAGCACCACCAUAAGCGCCUGGGCACGGCCACACCCACCGCCCGCCAUCACAGCCCGCUCCCCAACGGCCUUAACGGUCGCAAGGUCUCGCGAGAGCGCCGCCUUUCCCUGCGCGGCGCCCGUGACGUCACGGGGCGGAGCACCGCUUUGAACUGGCGCGGGGCGCGGGGCCGCGGCGCGAUAUGGGCACGGUGGAGCCGCGGUCGGAUGAGGGCGGCGCUGCCGGCCCGAGGCGUAUCGAGGUGCCCCGGCCACCUUCUAUCGAGGAGUUCACCAUCGUGAAGCCUAUCAGCCGCGGCGCCUUUGGGAAGGUGUACCUGGGCCGUAAGGCGGGCCGGCUGUACGCCGUGAAGGUGAUGAAAAAAGCAGACAUGAUCAAUAAGAAUAUGGUUCACCAGGUCCAGGCAGAGAGGGAUGCAUUGGCUCUCAGCAAAAGUCCUUUUAUUGUGCACUUAUACUACUCGCUUCAGUCAGCCAAUAAUGUCUAUCUGGUGAUGGAGUACCUUAUUGGUGGUGAUGUCAAAUCUCUUCUCCAUAUUUAUGGAUAUUUUGAUGAAGAAAUGGCUGUCAAGUAUAUUUCUGAGGCAGCGCUGGCUCUUGACUAUCUUCACAGACAUGGGAUAAUCCACAGGGAUCUGAAGCCAGACAAUAUGCUCAUUUCUAAUCAGGGCCACAUAAAGCUGACGGAUUUUGGGCUUUCCAGAGUUACUCUGAAUAGAGACAUUAACAUGAUAGAUAUCCUUACUACACCAUCGAUGGCAAAGCCAAAACAUGACUACUCACGUACUCCAGGACAACUGUUGUCUCUUAUCAGCUCUCUGGGUUUUUAUACUCCUGUUGGAAUGAAAAUGCCAAUCAAUCCCAAUUCAGGUGGAACAUCUGAUAGUCUGCAUGAAGUGAUUUCACCCUUACCUAUGAUUGAAAAGGAAAACACUCCUCUUUCAACUAAAUUAUUCAAAACAGGUCUGGAUACUUCUCCAUUAACUCCUGUUAUGCCCAUGAGGAAUUUAACUCCUGCUCGGCUUCAGUCAAGGGAAAGGUUUGGUACCUCCACUGCCAGUAGUCAGUCUCAUAUGUAUUUGUCCAGUAUGGAAUCAGAAUGCUGCAGCAGCCCUAGGUGGGAGAAAGAUGUAGAGCAAACUGAAGAUGAGAUAUGUUCUACUACGGGCACAAGUAACAGCAGGCCUUCCAAAGGAGAAUUACGAAAUAGCAAAGAUCCUAAAGUUCUUAAAAAAGAACUAGAGUCUGCUAUUUCUCCCAUCAGUAGCAAUGAUUCUGGUAGCAGGCAGAAGCUCGGAACCGAACGUUCUGAAAUAACAGACACUCCAGUGACUACACUGGAUAUGAAGGGAGUAGUAAGAAAAUGCCUCUCAGAAAACAAGAUCUGGGAAGAAAAAGUCAUUGUAAAUAGAGAGAUGACCAGUGAGAUGUCAGAAACUGCCAGUUCCCAACAAUCACCUUUGUUCCUGAAAGAUCCAGUCAAGCCAAUCAAAGAAGAAGAAAGUUUUGAAAAGCCAGGUGUAAAAAGAAGCUUUGAACUUGUUGAUACGAGUCCUUGUCAGGAAUUUAACUAUGUUAAAAAAACAAAUGCAGAUUAUAAACGUGGCUGUCGGAUCUCAGAAUUUUCAGCAAGCAAAAGUACGGGUUUGACAACUGAAAUUCAAUCCUUAAUGCUUUGUGGUGAGACCUGCGAAAGCAAAGAAGAUAUGAGAUGUAUUGAUAGGCAACAAACAGAAAAAACAGUUGUUCCAGUUGUAGCCAAAAAUCUUUUGUGUGAUCUGGAUGCAGAUCACGAAAAGGACAAAAGAGAGUACAUGAACUCAAGUCUUUUGUGCGCCGAUGAUGAAAAACCUUUAGGAGCCCUGAGUGCAGAUUCUGACCUUUCGUUUCCUGAAAUGUCUGUUCCAGAAAGCCAUUUAGAAAAGCAGCUCCUAGAUUUGGACAAAGGUGUUAAAGACCUCUCCUUUGAGGAACCUAAAGCAGAAGACUUGCUAACAGCGUCACCCAACUGCCAAGAUGCUUCACGAAACGGAGGGGAAGCAGAUGUUGUUCAGAACUGCAGGAUGCUAUGUUGUGAGCAGGAUAAUCAUCAAAAACACACUGAAGAAACUUACCCUGAAGCCGUAUCAUCUCCUUCUGAAAAGAUUAUGGAAACAGUUAAUCUCUUCAGAAAAAAUAAUGUUGUUUUUCGAAGUUACAAUAGUCCAAUUAAUAUAUCUAAUGCAUCAGAUCCAUGUAGCAUGGCUUCUUUAGACGUAAUGGAUCUUUCACCUGCUUGUAGUGGCUCUUACCCAACAGCUAUUACUCCAUUACAGAAAGGAAGACCAUACAGAGCCUAUCAGACACCUUGUCAGGGGGAUGCUGGCACGCCAUACAGGACCCCAAAGAGUGUAAGAAGAGGAGCUGCUCCAAUGGAAGGAGAACGCAUCCUGGGGACUCCAGACUAUUUGGCACCUGAGCUGCUUUUGACAAAGCCUCAUGGUAAGACGAACUAUGGAGUUUGUAAAUGCUUAGAAAUAGAGAUAAGUUACCUUUUAAAUGUGCUUAGAGCCCUGAGCUCCUCAAGUAGGGCAGAAAUUCUUUUUGGCUUCUGCCUGCACUCAUGGCUGCUUGCCUUAGCAGCUCCCUCCAUUUACUUUUUCACAAGGCUUAGGCUCUCUGGUGUAGUCUCACUUGUUAACCUAAUGCACUGGGAACAGUGCUUAGGCAGCCCGAGACUUUCCUGUUGCUUGGGAAUCACAAAUUGCUCGUUGUAAGUAUCCAUAAGGAUU